UCGUGUAAAGUGCAUAGAAAACGAAAUUAAUUCAUAAAAUUAUCCGGAAGCAGUUAGAAAUAUUUAAACAAGCUUUUUUGUUUUUCUUGUGCAUUUGGGUUAAUUUUGAUAUAAAGUUAAAACCUAAGUACUGAAGUUGAAUUAUAACACCAAUAAUAGUGGACUAAACAGCGGCGAUAAUUUAGAAUGGUGAGAAUAUUCAAGCAAGGUAUAUCAGCGGAAAGGCAAAGAGACCAAAAACGCAUAUAAAAAAAAAAAUAUAUAUAUCAAAAAGGAAAGGGACUUUUCAGGCGUCGUCGUCGUCGUUUUCUUGGUAUACAGAUUUGUAUUGCAAGCGGUACAACUUUGAAUUUAUUACAAACAUUUUGGAUUUGAAAUUUUUUAUUACACUGAUACAUAUAAUACAGUAGUAAAUUAAAUUGUGUACACUGCUUUCCCACAAUCAAACAUAAAAAUUUCACAAUGACCAACAUGGAGAAGCAACAUGAAAUGGUAAAACGCAGUCUGGUGCAGUUCAUUAGUGCUCACAUUCCAGGUGCAGAUUUUAGUGUAGUGGACGAAAUAGUUUUGCAAUAUAUUAUCUCCAUUUUGGAGGAAGCUUCACAAGAUCCAUGUUUCGAUAUUGAGGAUUUCGUUGAAAUGAUGGGCGCUUAUUUUGCCGAGUUCUCCUCAAUUGACCAGGGUAUUAUUUGCGAAUGGAUAUAUAAAUUGGCAAAUGAAUUGAACGAAAUGGAAAAGAAUCAAGGAAAUCAAAGUUCUACAAAUUUAUCUUUGAAUUCAUUGAGCCUUUCUGAUAUUAUACCCGAAUCAAAAUUACGUGCACGUAAUGCUUCCAUUUCUGAAAAGGAUGAACAGACCAUAAAUGGCAACUGCGCAGGUGGGGCCGGGCCUAAGCGCGCACAGCAUUUAUCAGAAACUAGUGAUGGUGGUUCUACUGAUAGCUCUACUUGCGAUUAUUAUUUGGAUGAAGCCGAGGUUUUGCAAGAAAUGUUUCCAGACACAGCCUAUGUAGAGGUAAAACAUUGCAUCGCUAUAGCUAAAGGCGAUAUUGACAGCGCAACUCAAAUUCUAUUGCACCGCCAAGAGACUGGCCAAAGUUUGACCGACAAAUCCAUUACAAUUACUGGACGUAAAAAUAUUGUUGUAGAUGAUGCCGAACUAAAAAAUCGUAUUAUUGAGAGAUACUCAUACGUUGAUAAAAAUGCCACUCAGCGUGAAUACAAGCCAAUGGUACCGAAAUUCGAACCAAAGAAAUUGGUUCGCUACAGAGAUAACAAGAUUGUUUCUUUGAAAGGCGAACGCUAUACUGAAGUUAAGCGCGACGAGGAAGCUGAGUUAAAAAAACCCAAAAAGCAACUUCAACCGUAACUAAAGUUGUUGAAAUCCUGCUAUAAGUAUUUUAUAAAAAAGUUAAAACUGCUAAAACAACAACAAAAGCAACCAUUUGACGAAUAUAACAAGCAACCGCUUCAACAUUUAAAUCACCAUUUGAUAUUAAAAAAUUUGAAAGAAAUGAUCACUAUUAUAUCACUGAUAAUUGCACAUAAAAACGAAUCCACACUACCAAUAACACUCAAACAACUGCUUACGCUAAAAAGAACUAAACUAUUGGUUGAAAUACUUGAAAUCUCAACGACGAUUAAUGAAACCCAACUAGUUACAAAUUUUGCUGUCACAGUAACAAUUCUAGUAUUGAAGUCAUUAAUCUCCAAAAAUACAUUGCUCCCUAAGCGAUUUACAAUUUUCAAAGCGCUCGAACACCAAUGUAAAACUAAUUCCAAUUCCGUAUUCCCAAACGCUUAUAAUAUGACAGCGAAGUGCAUUUCAAAUUUAUACUCUAGAUGUGAAACUUUUGUGAUUUCCAAUACUAUUACUAGGAUAAUUGAAUAUUUAUUGUACACUAAAUCUCACGGCCAUACGAAUUUUGUGUAUCGCUGCAGCUAUUUAUCCAAUAUUUUACAGCGUAAAAGUCAAAAUAGUUUUAUUAUAUUUAUUUGUAAUAUUAUGUUUAUUUUUUAUUUAAUUUUUAUUUUUUUUAUUGAAUUAGCGUGGAACGCUUUACAAACAUCCUAUAAUAAUUUAGUAAUAUUUAUUGUUUUUGGCAAGCUACAACCAGAAUAUGAAAUUAGUGAUAAUUUAAAAUUUUUAUGAGUUAAUAUUCUGUUUCGAGAAAUAAGUUGAUUUUACAACUGUCGAUAUUUGCUACUACUAUUUAAUAGGAAAUUAUGACAACGUCGGUACGCUGAUGGUUUUGCAUGGAGCUAGCAUUGUGAUAAAUGCAUAAGCGAA